ACCUCGAUCGAAACGUCACUAUCAUUGCGUAAAGCCAAAUUUUCAUUUCUUCCUUCCCCUCCAUCAUCUCUUGAAAAUAAAUAUGCCUCCCAAAGGUCGAGAUCACAAUCCGAGCGGGCUUGGCCGAGCAAUUAUUAACAAGAAAAUCAAGGAUGCUCGCAGAAUGCAGGAAUCGGGACUGUAUGUCACAGAUGUGGAUCCGACCUCUCGCCUAAAGUCUGUGACUCAAGAACGAGAUCUUGACGAGUUUUUAAAUACGGCCCAAUUAGCAGGCACAGAAUUCACAGCUGAGCGGCGAAACGUCAAGGUUAUCCAACAAUCAGCCAGUUCUUCGCAGAAUCCAUAUCUUCUAAAUGAACAAGAAGAAAAGAAAACUCUGCAGAGACACAGAGAGAACAAGCAGCGGCUAAGGGUGCCUCGGCGACCUCCGUGGACGAAGGGAAUGACCACAGCUGAACUUGACCAGCAAGAAAAGGCUGCCUUUCUUAGCUGGCGUCGAGGUUUAGCUGAACUCCAAGAAGAAGACCAUUUUCUUCUCACUCCCUUUGAGCGCAAUAUUGAAGUUUGGAGACAGCUCUGGCGUGUUCUUGAGCGCUCGCACCUUGUUGUACAAAUCGUCGACGCCAGAAACCCCCUCCGAUUCCGUUGUGAAGACUUGGAGGAUUAUGUCAGAGAUGUUGAAGGGCCCGAGGGCGAAAAGGGAACUGGGAAGGGCAUUCGAAGAAGUCUACUGCUUAUCAACAAAGCUGAUCUUUUGACUUUUCAUCAACGUCGAUUAUGGGCUGAUCAUUUCGACGAGCAAGGGAUCCAGUAUGCGUUCUUCUCUGCUGCCAAUGCAGCCGCUCUGCAACAAGCGAGACGGGAUGCACUGGCAAAAGACCAGCAAGGAACUGCGGGCUCGGAAGGAGACCACAAUGACGUUGCAGACGAAGACGACGAUAUCGAAGAACCAUCUUCGAGCGAUCGAAACCAACCUGGAAUUGAGUCGGAUUCUGAUGACAGCGAAGACUACUUUUCUGCGGAUGACGAACCUGAAGAGGAGCAGGAUCCCCGGGCGAGAGUUCUAACAGUACUAGAAUUGGAGGACCUCUUUAUGAGGAUGGCGCCGGACCUCUCUGUGUUCACCGACUCCAAUGGCAAGGUCCCUCAAAAAUUGCAGGUCGGUCUUGUUGGAUACCCUAACGUGGGCAAGUCUAGUACAAUCAAUUCUCUGUUGGGUGAGAAGAAAGUCAGCGUCUCAUCAACACCGGGGAAGACAAAGCACUUUCAGACGAUACAUCUGUCUGAUUCGAUCGUUCUUUGUGAUUGCCCUGGUCUUGUUUUUCCGCAAUUCGCUACAACCAAGGCGGACCUGGUUUGUGACGGAGUGCUACCCAUUGAUCAGAUGAAGGAGUACACAGGACCGACCACUCUUGUUGUUAAAAGGAUACCAAAAACCGUUCUAGAGGCAACGUACGGCUUGUCGAUAAAGGUCAGGCACAAGGAAGAAGGUGGAGAUGGACAAAUCACCGCAGAAUCUUUUCUGAUCUCAUAUGCCAUUGCUCGAGGGUUCAUGCGAUCAGGCCAAGGGAACCCCGAUGAAGCCAGGUCGGCCCGUUACGUCCUCAAGGAUUAUGUGAAUGCUAAGCUCUUAUUCUGCCACCCACCACCUGGUGUAGCAGAGACAGAGUUCAACGAGCAAACGCAUCAGAUUGCAUUACGGCGUGCGCAAGGAAAGAAAAAAGCCCCCGUAACGCGUGUUGGAAAAGAUGCAGAUACCUUCGUUGCUCCUAACGUCAGUGCACCCAUUAACGGAAGUUCGAUUGCUACUUCCGGCGGAAAGACACAAGCACUUGACGCGGAAUUCUUCCAACAAAACGCUUCCCUCGCGAGCCAUGCCUUUGUUAAUGGGAAAGCAUUUUCGCGUUCUAAGAUGUUUCCGCAUCAGAAUUCAGUCGCCGAUGAUGGGACACCAAUCGGACAUAGACAAGCACGUAUUGCUUCCGUAUUGGCGAACCAGGAAGGCGGGGGUCACAAACAUCACAAGAAGAUGAAGAGAGUGAAGCAGCGGAGCGGGAAGGGGUACGAUUAGGGUAGUCACAUGGCCAUCACGUCUGGCAUACGCGUCUGUGCCGUUGAAAUAGAUUCAACUUGUAUUUGUACUACCAUCUCCUGACACUCUUUCCUCCUCUGCUUGCCA